AUUAGGAAAUCGGGAGAAGAAAUGGCAGAAGCAGAGAUUCUUGAGCCCUAUCAACUGUCCUUCUCGGAUCUUCUUUUGUCCUCUCGCUUUCAUUCUUCUUCUCCGAGUGACGACCGUAUCUCGAGAAAUGUGAUGGACGCUCUUGGCCCCACUGGUCCUGGUCUCCUUUGUAUCACCGGCGUUCUUGGCUCCGCCCUUCUCCGCCGUAAACUCCUUCCUAUGGCUCGGAAGCUGGCUCUGCUUGAUCCGGACAAGCGGAAACGCUUUCUCAAGGAGCACCACUUGGGUAGCGACCUUCCUCUCAAGAAUCCAGAACGAGAUGUCUCCUCUUUUGCAAUGCAGCUCAAUUAUGAAAGAACAACUUGUAUAUCUUCACUGGAAAAGCUGUGGUUCGAUGAGGCUGUAGCAAAACUGGACUUGCACCAGGAGGAUGAUGAGUUCACUAAUCUUGGUGGUGCUUUUAAAGAACUAGGGUUCUGCAUGAGGGAAUUGGGCUUGUCUAUAGCUCGUAUUUGCGACAGGGAUAUUGGUGGAGGCUUGCUGGAGGAGAGUCUACUGGAAUCUUGCACAGCCAAAGGACGACUCAUACAUUACCACUCAGCUGCAGAUAAAUGUGCUCUCAGAGAAGCCGAGAGCAGAAACCAAUCUGGUAAACGAGUAUCGAGUAAGAGGAGAGUCCAGAAUGCUGCUGAGCAAGAGGGGAACCAUAGAAGUGGAGCUGGUUUGAGUGGGAGCCACUUCAAUCUGUGGCAACAGUGGCAUUACGAUUAUGGAAUCUUUACUGUUCUCACGGAUCCUAUGUUUCUAUCGUCCUACUCCUACCAGGAAUGCACUUUGAUGAGCAGCCAUUCUUGUCUGCAGAUCUAUCAUCCCAGCAAGAACAAGUUCUACAUGGUCAAGACUCCACAGGACAGUUUUAUUGUUCAAAUUGGAGAAUCUGCUGAUAUUUUGUCCAAAGGGAAGCUACGGUCGACCCUUCACUGUGUGUGCAAACCAGAGAAGCUGGAUCACAUAAGCCGUGAGACAUUUGUGGUGUUCUUACAGCCAAAGUGGAGCCAAACUUUUUCAGUCUCAGAAUAUACAAUGGAACAUCUAAGGUCAGAUUCUCUACAGAGACAGCUCACUGAUACGGAUGAGAUCAUCCCUAGACCAGAUAUACAAAAAAUUGUUCCACCUCUGUCGUCUCGGUUAAGGGAUGGGAUGACUUUUGCCGAGUUUUCUCGCGAAACCACAAAGCAGUACUACGGAGGGAGUGGUUUGCAAUCUAAUAGAUAGCCGUCCUAGUUCGUGCCCCAGGUAAAUAGCUUGUUUGUCUAAUAUUUAGACUUUAGGUAGUUAAAUUCAGAAUAAUCUUUAGGUAAUGAGUAGUUGAAGGCAAGAAGAAUGAGCCACGAGGGUUAGUACUAAAAGAGAUUAGAUUAAAGGGAGAGUUGGGAUUCGUUAUGUGUGCUUCGAUGUUGGAGCCAAAACAGGGGAAGCUGUUACAUCGUUUUCACAGACAAAAGCUCUCUCUUUCAAACAUGCUUUUUUUGUUUGUUGUUGUUGCUCUUCUUUAGUCUCUCUCUGUGACUCAGUUUAUGUUCCUGUUGUGUCUCCCCCGAUGCUGUUCCAAACUUACAUCUCUUUGUUUGUUUGUGUGCUUUCAAGCGUCGCAUUGAGACAAAGUGGUGUUAUUAAAGUAAAAGCUGCCUCUA